ACGGGGGUGUGCGAGUGAGUUCGUUUCUCGACGUCGUCGGCUGAUCAGCUGUGCGGUUUAAGGUGGGCUUUCCCCUCUGGUGCAGUGUCGUGCAUUCGAGGUCUUUGGCUCGAUCGGCAGAGAUACGCGUUCCGUGUACCGUGCAUAGAACACGAACCGAGGCGAAUCGAAUACAGAGGCUAGAGUACGCGGUGGCGGCGAUAAAUCGGUAGUAUUUUCGGGUGAAAGGGGGACAAGUGAGGCAUGACGGGAACAGGUGACAAUAGAGCUUCGCCAUGUUAGAUUUUACGAGAUCGCGAAACGUGCGCCGCUGCUGCUGCUGCUGCUGGUGCUAGUGGAGAGAGAGAGAAUUUAUUUUGUUUUCUCGACUCUCGUGCUACUUUCCUCAGCGGUGAUCCAACUGAAAAUCAUCCAAGCUGGAUAGGUUACCCGAGUAUCUCCGCGAUACCGUGGACUGGUUUAUGGGAAAAGCCCGACGAAAGGAGAAGGAUGCGGGAACUACAGAGGAUCCGAAGUUGUACCUUGAGGAGGCGGCCCUCGAAAGGCAGCUACCAGAGCUGGACCUGAGGAUGCUGGUUGAUCUACCGCCCGGCUUGGACUACAACGAGUGGCUGGCCUCUCAUACCCUCGCACUAUUUGAUCACAUCAACCUCGUUUACGGAACGAUAUCCGAGUUCUGCACGAUGACGGGCUGUCCCGACAUGACUGGUCCAGGCUUAAGAACUUAUCUGUGGUUCGAUGAGAAGGGGAAGAAAACGAGAGUGGCAGCGCCACAAUAUAUAGAUUAUGUUAUGACUUUUACACAACGCACCGUUAGUGACGAAACUAUAUUUCCUACGAAAUAUGCAAAUGAAUUUCCUAGCUCGUUCGAAUCGAUAGUGCGUAAGAUCCUGCGGCUACUGUACCACGUGGUGGCACACAUUUACCACUGCCACUUCAGAGAGGUAGCACUCUUGGCGUUGCACGCUCACCUCAAUUGUGUAUUUGCCCACCUCACGCUCCUUAAUCAACGCUUCAACCUUAUCGAUCCCAAGGAAACGGAGAUCUUAGGAGACUUAGAGGCUGCCCUCUUGGGUGACUCGACAUCAUCAUCAGCGCCUUCAUCACAAACCUUAGCCAUCCAGGAGACUCCGACCACAGCCACCUAGAUCGCGAUGCACAGCAAGCAAGAGGUUGCAGUUCCUGAGACUAGGUGACGAUAGGCGUUUGUUUUUUCCUCUCUUUUUUUC